AAAAAAAAGUCAGUGCUCUUAGCCUUGGUUUAUGUGGUUAUGGUUAUGUGGUUAUGGGUUAUGAGUCUAGAACACUCUCUUUCCCCCUUCCUUUGCUCCCACUCAGCGUCCUUGCCUGCCCUCUUCCCGCCCGUCCCCCCAUUUGUUGUUCCCCGCUUUCCUUCUCCACUAUUCAGUCGUUCAAGAUCAGAUAAGGAUCUACCAUGUAUAAGCACGCGACCUACCAUCACCAUCACCAUCAUCCUCUCUCUCUCCCCUUCUCUCUUCUGCUUUGACUUUCGCCUUUCUACUAUUCUACACCUUCAUAUCACUGAACCCAGCUGACCAUGUGAGACAGUACCCUGACCGGCUCGGUGCCCGUCCGAGGGCAUCAAUAUGCCUGCUGUCCAUGGCGACUUAAUAGGCACGGUGAUUCCCACCGAUAAAGAGCUGCCGCCGGAUAUUGUUCCGCGCCAGGUAACGCUCAGGGACCGCGUCACGGUUGCGACGCUCGUGCCCUUCACCUCGGCUGCGAUGGUGCCCCGGUCCCUGCUGGCGUACCUGUCCGAGCAAUUAAACAAGGAGAUCGAAGGCGGUGACACUUAUGCCAUGAUCGAUCCCAUCCCCCUGGAACAGUUCGGGUCGUAUUGGUUCUCCAACUUCGGAGCUAUUAUGCUCCUGGGAGACAUUAAGAGUGUGCAGGACGUCCAGACAAUGGGCCGUCAGCGGGCCAAUUGGGCCAAGAUCUGCCUGGGUAGUUUCAACAUCAGACCCAACUAUCCGGGCCGUAGCAGUCAUGUCUGCAACGGCAUGUUCAUUGUCACUGAUGCGGCUCGCAACAAAGGUGUAGGUCGGCUGAUGGGGGAAGGGUACCUUGAGUGGGCUCCUAAAAUGGGAUACACGUAUGCUGUCUUUAACCUGGUCUACGAAAGUAAUGUGGCGUCCUGCCGCCUGUGGGACGCUCUGGGCUUCAAGCGUAUCGGGAGGGUUCCCGGAGGCGGGCGGCUGAUGUCCAACCCAGGCCAGUAUGUCGAUGCCAUCAUCUACGGUCGCGAUCUCGGUCCAGAUGGAGAGGACUCGGCGACACAAGAUCGGUUCGACAAGAUCCGGUAUUAUCUCAAGCAUUCCAAAUAUCCCCGAGGGGCAGACCGAGCGGAGAAGAGUCGGCUGCGGAGCGCCGCCACCCACUACAAGCUGAUCGAGGACACGGACGGGACCGGCGAGAAGUUGAUGCUCAAAGACAAGGAGGUCGUGUCGGAUCCGCAGCAGCAGUACGACAUUGCCCGUGAGAUGCACCUGCAGCAGCAUGCCGGCAUCAACAAGACGACUGCCGCCAUUGCUGUCAAGUAUCACUGGGUUCGUAUCAAGGAGACAGUCAGUCGAGUGAUCCGGGAUUGUCCACAGUGCAAAGAAACGCUCAAGCCAGCCAUCGUGAACGGUUUCAUGAACGAAAGCUCACCGGAGAUGGACGACGAGAUCGAGAUCGAGGAUGAGGAGAACGAGGAGAUGGAUGAUGGCAUGCACGUCAAUCCCACUAUACCGACCAGCACUCUCAUGGGGGCACAUGCACUCAUGGACCACACGGCCGACCUGGAUGCACACUCGGCCCAGAACCCAUUCGUAACCACCCAUCCUGGCGUUGUGCCGGGGACGGUGGACUCGAUCACCGACUACACCGGCAUGCCUCUUGACCCGCAAAUCAUCAACAUCCACCAACAACUGCCCCGAUUCCACCCACACGAUCCCAUUACCGACCCCUACACCCACGGUGCACAUGCAUUACAUGGUACAAGUUUUGAAGACGAAGUGCGACAUCACUCGACUCAUGACUAUCAUAUGAUGGUCGAUGACCCAACAGACCCCGAUCCGUCGGCUGCACUUCAUCAAAGCGCGCUGGGGCUGGUACCUUCGGCAGCGCAUGACGUCCACCAUGAACAGAUCCUCGCGAAAUAUGAUUAUGUUGGACAACAGGACGACGAGCUGGACUUUGUAUAGCAUUGAUGGAGUUCAUAAUCCAUCGCAUGAUUGAUUGUUACUCAGCAUUAUAUAGACAGGCUAAUGGAUAGAGGAUUGAAUAGCA